UGUCAACUUAGAACUUUGCUUCUCCAGAGCCUAGAGAAACACUGAAGAGUUCUUCAGAUUCCCAAACCAUGGCCCAUUCACUGGUAACUUUCAAGGAUGUGUCCAUACACUUCUCUCGGAAGGAGUGGGAGUUCCUGGAUUCUACUCAGAAGGACUUGUAUAAGGAUGUGAUGUUGGAGAACUAUAAGAACCUGGUGUCAGUGGGAUAUUCUCCCUCAAAGCCAGAUGUGAUAACCUUACUGGAACAAGGCAAAGAGCCCUUCCCAGUGAUGAAGGAUGUGUUAAGAAGAAGGUCUACAAGUCUUUCCUCCAGGCAUAAGACCAAGAAAUUAUCUCCACAAAAAUCUACUGGUGAAAUAAGUGUAUCUAAAUCGAAGACAACAGAAACAAGUAAAACACUCAAUAUCAAACGAUCAACUUCGAAAAAUGCGUGCCAGAACAAAAGUGACUCUAAUAGCCCUCAGGAAGCUGAAGGAAGGAGCACUACUCAAAAGAAAAUCAGCCAUGAAAAAGGACCAACAAAUAGAAAGCAACCGUCUACUCUGGAUCAGAGAGUUGAUAAUAACGAGGACUCUAAUGAAGACAGGGAACGUGAGGAAACCAUUGGUUGUGAGUCUAGCUCAAUUCAACGUGAACCAGUUCAUUUUGAUGAACAUUAUGACUGUGAGGAAUGUGGGAAAACUUUUAAGAGUGUCUACCAACUUACCCUACAUGAGAAAAUUCACAGUGGUGAAAAAAUCCACGAAUGUAAGGAAUGUGGGAAGCUGUUCAGGCGUAAGUAUCGACUGACGCUCCAUCACAAAAUUCACACAGGUGAAAAACCCUAUGAAUGUAAAGAAUGUGGGAAGUUCUUCAGGCGUAAAUAUCAUCUGACUCUACACAAGAAAGUUCACACUGGCGAGAAACCCCAUGGAUGUAAGGAAUGUGGGAAGUUCUUUGGUCGUAAGUAUCAACUUACUCUCCAUCAGAAAAUUCACACUGGUGAGAAACCUCACGAGUGUAAAGAAUGUGGGAAGUUCUUCAGGUGUAAGUACCAACUUACUCUACACCAUAAAACUCACACUGGUGACAAACCCUAUGGAUGUAAAGAAUGUGGAAAGUUCUAUAGUCUUAAGUACCAACUUAAUCUACAUCAGAGAAUUCAUACUGGUGAAAAGACUCAUAAGUGUAAGGAAUGUGGGAUGUUGUUCAGUUACAAGUAUCAACUUAAUCUACAUCAGAAAAUUCAUACUGGUGAAACACCCCACGAAUGUAAGGAAUGUGGGAAGACUUUUGGUCUUUACUCCCAACUUAAUCGUCAUCAGAAAACACAUACCCAUAACAAACGUUAUAAAUGCAAGGAGUGUGGCAAGAGGUUCUUAAGUAAUUUUGAACUUACUCAGCAUGGGAGAGUUCAUGCUGAUGAUAAACCUUAUGAGUGUAAGGAAUGUGGAAAGACAUUUCCAUUUGGUUUCUACCUUACACAACAUCAGAAAACACAUGUAAAGGAGAAAACCUACCCAUGUAAAGAAUGUGGGAAAACCUUCAGUGCACAAGAACAACUUACCCAGCAUGAGAAAAGCCACACUGGUCCAAAACCCUAUGAAUGUAAGGACUGUGGGAAGGCCUUUAGACUUAGUGCUAACCUCACUGAGCACCGAAAAAUUCAUGAAGGUAAGAAACCUUAUAAAUGUAAGGAAUGCGGGAAAACCUUCAAUGAACGAGGACUCCUUAUUCAGCAUAAAACAAUUCAUACAGGGAAAAAACUCUAUGAAUGUGAAGUGUGUGGAAAGAAGUUUAAUUACAGUGGGGACCGGAGAGUCCAUCGCAAAAUCCAUACUGGUGAGAAACCGUAUGAGUGUGAGGAGUGUGGAAAGGCCUUUAUGCUUCGGUCGGCCCUUACUGAACAUGAGAGAAUUCAUUCUGGUCUGAAGCCUUAUGAAUGUAAGGAGUGUGGGAAAACCUUUCGAGGGCGCUCUCAAAUUAGUCUUCAUAAGAAAUUUCAUAGUGAUGUGAAGCCCUACAAAUGUGGGAAAUGUGGGAAGUCCUUCAGAUUUGGUUUCUAUCUUAGUGAGCAUCUGAGAGUCCAUACGGGUGAAAAGCCCUAUGAAUGUAAAGAAUGUGGAAGGGCCUUUAUUCGUAGAGGAAAUCUGAAAGAACACCUGAAAACUCAUUCUGGGGUCAAACCCUAUGAGUGUAAGGAAUGUGGGAAGGCCUUUAGUUGGCGUGGACAGUUUACUCAACAUCAGAAGAUUCAUACAGGUAUAAAACCCUACAAAUGUGAAGAAUGUGGGAAGGCCUUUAAUCGUACUGGAGACCUCAGAGUCCAUCAGAGAAUUCAUACUGGUGAGAAACCCUAUGGAUGUAAAGAAUGUGGGAAGUCCUUUAGACUUAAUUCACACCUAACUGAACAUCAGAGAAUCCACACUGGGGAGAAGCCCUACGAAUGUAAGGAAUGUGGGAAGACCUUUAGACAACGUGCACAUCUUUAUCAACAUAAGAAAACACACAAGGUAACUAAACAGAAGAAAGCCUUUCCAGGCACACCAUAGUUACAGAUGAUCAAAAGAUUCAUGCCAGAAAAUUUUUGUUAAUAUUUUGUUCAUUCAUUCAUUCGCUUCUUUCUUUUUCGUUUCUUUCU